AUGUCUUGGGUCGUCGAGUACAUCCUGGGCUUCCACAACUGGUGGAACAAGGUCAACGCGGUCAAGCGGGAUGUCCUGCGCGAGAAAACCGCGGCGCUAUCUGCCUCGACCUCUUCGUCAGCACAGCAGGGGUCGCCUCUCCUGCGCAUCGGCAUCCUCUCGGCCGCGGCCAUCAACUACACGGCCAUCUGGGACCCAGUGUCGACACACCCGGGCGUGGUGAUCACGGGGGUCGCGGCGCGGGACAAACGGCGCGCCGAGGCCCAGAUCGCCAGCAACAGUCGGUUUCUCCCCAGCAAGACGGCGUGCAAGGCGUACGGCUCGUACGCGGCGUUGCUGGACGCCGACGACGUCGACGCCGUCUACAUCCCGCUCCCGAACGGGCUGCACCACGAGUGGGCGCUCAAGGCGCUGCAGCGCGGCAAGCACGUGCUGGUCGAGAAGCCCAUCGCGUCCAACGCGCAGCAGACGCGCGAGAUCCGCGACGCCGCCGCCCGCGCCGGCAAGGUCGUGCUCGAGGCCUUCCAUUGGCGGUUCCACCCCAGCGCCCAUGUGGUCAAGCAGCUGCUGUUGAGCGGCGAGCACGGCCGCGUGCUGUCCGUCGACGCCCGCGCCGUCAUCCCCGGCGGCGUCAUCAAGAAAGACGACAUCCGCUUCAAAUACGGCCUUGCCGGCGGGUGCUGCAUGGAUCUCACCUACGUGUUUAGCGCCGCCGCGUACUUUGCCGCCCGCGACGUCGCGCACCCGGACCUCACAUUCGAGGUCCUCGAGGCCAAAGCCCGCCUGAACCAGUCCGACCCGCUGGUCGACGAAGCCGUCUCGACUACCCUCCGCAUCAAGGACCCGAACCCGUACCCGUCCGCUGGCACCAGUACCACUACCACUACCGCUACCACUACCGCCACCGGCACCGGGACCGGCAGCGCAUCAUCACCCGCGGCCCCCGCGGAAAUCCACGCAACCCUGACCGCGGACCUCUCGCAGCCGAAACUCCUCGGCCUGAUCCCCAAGCUCUGGGCCGCCGGCACGCCCACCGUCACCAUCCAGUGCGAGCGCGCCGAGAUCGUCUACGAGAACUUCAUGGGUCCCUGGCUGUCGCACAAGAUCGCCGUCGUGCCCGUCACGCGCGACCCGGCCACGCGGGGGAUUGUCAAAAGAGGCAAGCAGACCAUCCUCAAGCAGUUCAGCGGCGGGCCGCUUUGGGAUAACCGUGAAUUCAGGGACGACGAGGGUGGUGCCGGCAAAGACUGGUGGACCACCUACCGCUGGCAGCUCGAGGCGUUUGUCAGCAUGGUUCGCCGCGGUGAGAGCGGGUAUCAUGGCCCUUGGGUCGAUAUGGCCGAGAGUGUUCGCGUCAUGGAGAUGAUUGAUGCCACCUACGAGAAGUUGGGGUUGCCGUUGAGGGGAGUUUGA